AUGGGCGCCGCCCUGCAGGCCUCGGCGGCGCUGGGGCUGCUGGCGGCCGCCGCCGCCGCAGAGGAGAACGCCACGGCCGCCGGCAGCGCCCCGUCGGAGUCCAGCGACUGGGCGGACCGGCCGUGGCUGGACUUCGCCGUCGUGGCGUUGCCGCUCUUCUGGUGCGCGGUCGGCGGGUACCGUUUGUACUGGAGGCGGCCGCUUCCGAGGAGAACGUCCGGGUGUUCAUGGACAUCCAGAUCGGGGGCCGGGAGGCUGGCCGCGUGGAGUUCCUCUUGUUCGUGGGGCACUACCCCAAGACCGCCGAGAAUUUCCGCGCGCUCUGCACCGGCGAGAAGGGCAGCCUGCGCGGGAGACAUCGGAAAGCUUCACUACAAGGGCAUGCGGUUCCACCGCAUCAUCCCUGGCUUCGUCUGCCAGGGUGGCGACUGCACCGGGGACAACUCCAUCUACGGCGGCAGCUUCGCGGACGAGUGGGCGAGCGGCUACAUCGAGCACUCCGUAGAGGGGCUGCUCUCCAUGGCCAACGCCGGGAGGGACUCGCAGACGUCGCAGUUCUUCAUCACGUUGGCCGCUUGCCACCACCUAGACGGGAAGCACGUGGUGUUCGGACAGGUGUGCCAGGGCAUCGAGGUGGUCCGGGAGAUGGGGAAGCGCGGGCGCUCGAAGGACACCCCGGUGGUCGUGCUCGACUGCGGGCAGCUGUCCUGA